AUGCCCAUUGUCACCUCACCGGCCAAAGGCCACCUCCUGCCCACAGAGAUGCUGGUCUCAGACCACCUCCCCGCCGAGUUUGUCCUGAGGAACACCCGCCUUGGCACCUGGGGUGGGGGCGACCGCGGGUGCACCCCUUCUCUCGGGGACGCCUGGAAUACUCGAUGCCACGGAGGUACAUUCAGACACGCGUUCAACCCCAAGACAGGCCAGUGCCCCCCACUCAAGGGUCGCAGGCCUCAGCCAGGCUACCUGCUGUGGUCCCCCCAGCUGGCCCAGCCCCAGGGAACUGGACAGAUGCAAGCUGCCCCAGGGCGAGGACGGUGUGGUCUCGGCCCCACCAUCACAGGGAACCGCUCCGUGUCACCUGGAAUCUCCCCGGCGGGCCUGGAGGACGUAGGUCGGAUCCCGCGGACACGGGAAGAGUUUUAUUUCCAGUUUAGCGCCGGGAAAGCAGUGAUCGCCCGGGAGCUCCCGGCGCGUGGCCCGGCUGGGCGGGCAGCCGCCUGCCUCUUUGGGACCAGCCGGCCAUCGGCUCGGGCCGCCCCUCGCUCGCCAGCAGCAGGUCUGGACGAGGGUCUGAGGAUCGGCCCACCCCCGGCCCUCACAGCCGUCUUCUCUGAGUUGGCAUCAUCCUCGGGAACUGCCCGGCCUGCAGGGCCUCCCCUGGCCGCGGGGCCGGCCGAGCCGGGCGGUGGCACAAUCCCCGGACAGGUGAGCUGCUGGAAGUCCAAGGUGCCUCGGGGCUCGUGGGCUCCCCGCUGGCCGGCCACUCUGUCCAACGCCCUCCCACUGCCCACUGCCAGCCUGGCUUCUGAGAAGGACCGACCUCCUCCUGACAGGCCCUGGGUGUGGAUCCUGGAGCCCCAUUCGGGCAGCCUCCUCCCCACCCCCGCCGGCUCCGCCCUCGCCCUCAGCGGCCCGGGCGGCCGACUCUCCUCUGGCUCGGUGCGCACAGGAGCGGCAGCCUGUGCAGGGAGCCGGAGUGCAGGGAGUGUCCCAAGAACCAGUGAGGUUCCCUGCCUCCCUGUGCUGCCUGCCAUGCUGUCCUUGACCUUCCUCCUCCUGGUUACCAGGAUGCUCUGGCCCAUCCUCCCGGCCACCGCCCUGAGUGCUCAGGAUGGAAGAGCUGGGGACCUUCCCUGUGGAGAGGAGUGUGCCGACUGCGCACUCCUGGCCCAGGAGCUGGGGACUCCGAGGCGGGCCCCAGGGGACACGGCGGCAGCCUUGCACAGGGCCACCACUUCCCAACACUCAGACUGGGACAACCCCUCCUGCACCGAAGGCGUGGUUUCCGUGUCGAGGGGUGAGCGGGCCGUGAUGUCCUGCAACAUCUCCAACCCCUUCUUGGGCGUCACCGUCUACCUGAUUGCCCUUGGGGAGGAUUCCCAGCCCCUCUUCAGGGUGACGCCCCCAGGCUGCUUCUGCCGGGGUGAGUGGCAGCUGCAGGUACGCGGAGGUGUGGCACAGCUGGCGAUUCCGAAGGCGAGCGAUGCCCAGGCUGGGUGUUACAAGUGGCAUCUCGAAGGUCUGCAGAGGAAUAUUAAAGUCACCACGCUGAACGUUUUAGCAUCAGGCGCAGAGGCCCGGGACCUGAACCAGACAGGAGUCCUACCCCUCACCUCUUCCUGUGGCCCGCAGAUGCCGUGCCCGGGGAGGGCCGAACGCCAGUUCCAGGUGGUGCUCGUGGUCACCGGUGUCAGUGUCGCCCUCGCCAUCCUGGUGGCCAUCGUGUUAGCCUGGCGCCGACGGCACAGUCCCCUGUACUUGAAGCCCCCAGGGGUCUGAGGCCACUGGCACCGAAACUCACCCCCCAGCAACGGAGCCCCGCGUGUCCCACACCCAUCUGGUUGACAGAAGCCCGUGAACCUCGCAGAGGUGGCAGACAGGCGCAGGCCCCUGUCCCUGUCUGCUGGCCCAGGACACCUGCUCGGCCCUACGGCCCAGGGGCCAGCUCCCUGCCCGGGCAGAGGGUGGCCCCAGGUCGACUCCCCGGCUCCCCACCCCAGCCGCAGGCUCUUCUCCACCUGGGCCCCCGCAGCUCUCUUGGCUCCCCGACUCUGUGGUCAAAGAUGGGAAAAAUCUCAAGUUCCAAAACAUUCGACCUCAGAGGACCUCUCCCUCCUCUGCCCCAUCGGGGCCGGUGGGGUGGGGUUGGGGGUGUACUUCCGGCCUCGGGUGCACAAGGGGCUGCUGUAGCCUCGGAGACACCCCGCUUUGGGUCUUAGGUUGAUCUUGGGCACACCCCUGUCUUUGACCAGGAGCAAGAACAGCUUUGGGGGACUGUCCUGCCGGCAGUCCUGGGGUCAAGCUGAGGGCAUAGAGGCCUGAGGUGGGGAACCAGCCCCGCCUCCACCACUAGGGGGCUCGCCAGUGGGGGCGGGCGACAGGUGGCUCCUGGCCGUGGCACAUGGCUCCCCCCUUCUCUCCCCACCGCAGCCACAGGGCCCCUCCCCCACCGGCCCCCGCUGACCCUUCCCCACCCCAAACCCCCUUAUGUCAGAUGUCUUUCUCAUCACAACUGUAUGACUCCAUUCAGUGUGUUCUUAAGAGGGACAUACAGGCUUUUUCUAAAGUACACGUUCAGUGCUUUGGAAAACACCCAUAACGCCAAUCCUUAAGAUGAAUAAAACAAACCAAUCGAGAAACCAUGAAA